GAUUCACGCGCCUCUGCCUGUUUCCUUAGCCCUGCCUGCUUGAGGAAGCCAAGUGCUGUGAGUGGUGCUUGCAGCAGCACAGCGUGUCACGCCAGCAAGAGGGACCAGCUGCUGUGGCCAGCUCUGCUGCAACCCGCACCCAUGGCCACGGAGACAGAUUGGAACUGCCCCGUCUGCCGUGACGGUGCCGGUGAAAAGGCUUCUGUUUCACCGUGCCUCCACCAGUUCUGCCUGGGCUGCGUUGUGCGCUGGCUCAAGAGGAAACCAUCCUGCCCCCUGUGCAGGCAGCCCAUCAAGAGCAUCAUUUACUCUGUUCGCUCAGAGGAAGACUUUCUGGAGCUCGUUCUUCCAAGCUCCUCAGACUCCUCGGCUGCUGGCCAGCAGGAUGAGCAGGGGGCUGUGCAGCUGAUGGCCAGCACCUAUGUAGCUGGCUUCCCAGCUGAGCUCUGGGCAGGCAUGUUCCAGGAGUGCCCCGAAAUCCUGGAGCCCCUGCUGCCCUGGCUGAACCAGGAGCUAUCGGAGCUGCUCAGGACCCGCUGGUGGGAGGUGGCUGUGGCCCAGAGUGUCGUCGUAGCCAAUUUGUGCUACCAUGGGCUGAGUGAGGAGGCCUUGGUGCGGGAGCUGCAACCCCUGCUGCAGGAGCAGACGGUGCCGUUUGUGCGGCGGCUCAUGGACACUGCCGCUGACAGGUGCAGUGCUGAGAUCCUGCGGCUGAUGAACCUCCUGAACUCCCAUGCAGAGGAGGAGCAGGAGGAGGAGCAGUUGGAGCAGGAGGAUGAGGAGGAGCAGGAUGAGGAGGAGGAGGGUUCCACAGCCAUCCCUGCCUCUCGCCAGGGGACUCCGACCCCCAUCCUGCCCUCCUCCCACAGCCCAGUCAUUUCCAAUGUGGAAGCGGUCACUGGAACAUUGGAAGCCACCCUUCCCGGGGGUCCCGGCCGCUCUCCAUCCGUGCCCGUCCCCGCCGAGCGGGAGCACCGCAGCCCUUGCGCUCCUGGCCGGCACACGGACUGCUCGCCCGAGGAGCCCCGGCGCCCCGCAAAGAGGAAGGGCUCUGGCCCUCAGGACUCUCCCCAGCCCACAAAGAGGCCGGACCGACGGCAGCGGCACAAGCCAAGGGAGAAGCAUUGA